AUGCCACUGUUAGUCAGAGGUGCUAGAGUAGCUAUAAAAGCUCAUGCUUUACCUAGCCAUUAUCAGCACACACAAGAAGCUAUUGAUGCAUUAGUAUCUGACUUGAGAAAUGGGCCACAUCAUGUAUUUGGCAAGCAUGAUGCUUGUAGUGCUUUUUGUGCAAAGAAAGGUGCAGAGUUGGACAGCACAUACAAUGAAAUUUUUUCCUCGGGUAUGUUGCAAGCUAUUGAAGCAGAAGUGGGAAGAGUACUGAUAUCGUGUAGCAGUACUCUUAUUUGGAAUGCCACAAAUAAUCCUGCUGAAAGCUUCAUGAGUCAACUGUGUAAAACAUCUGGUGGAAAAAGAGUUGAUUUUUCCAAAGCUGGUGGCAUGAACAGGCGUGCGAGUAUUGCUGUCAUGGCCUAUCAAAAUCCAGCACAGCAGUGGCAAAAAAAUGCACAAAAAGCUGUAACAGGAAGUAGCCCCAGGACUCCAACUUUGAAAUUCUUAGCUUCCAGAAAUAAGCGCCAUGUAAAACGUCUUGAGAGACGUAGACUUUUUGACACUGAGAAGAAAAAGAAAAAAAGAAAUAUGAGGAAAGCAGGACAUAUUCAGCAAGGUGGGGAUAUUUCUUAUGGUGAUUUUCCUGAGAAACCAGACCUAUCAGAUGAAGCAUAUGAAUUGGCAGCUAAAAAUUUUUUUAUAUCAAUUGAAGUUCCAAAAAAAGAUUCUCUUGAGGCCGUAACACGUGGACAGUCAUCAUCUGAAAGAUGGCGUCACGAAAGAUCAAGAAGAAGAAUAUCAUCAUCCUUUUUCAAAGAUGUUGCUGAUAGGCGUCCAACAACACUCAGUGCUGCUUUAGUGAAACGUAUCAUAUAUAAUGAUAACGUUUCAACUAAAGCAUUAAAGUAUGGCUUGGCUAACGAAGCAGUAGCCUUAAAUCAAUACAAGGAAAAGCACAUGGGAAAAAACAUCAGACGUUGUGGCCUUUUUAUUGAUCCUAAAUAUCCCUUUCUUUGUACUUCGCCAGAUGGAUUGAUAGACGAAGAUGGAUUACUUGAAAUAAAAUGUCCUUAUACAGCCAGAUUCUCAGCAGACUUGUCAGACUUUUUCAGCAAGCCUAAUUCUGUUGGUCUUCGGAUGGAUGCUGAUAAUAAUCUUUAUUUACCGAAAAGCCACAAAUAUUAUUUUCAAAUUCAAGGGCAGUUAGCCAUAACAGAGAGGAAUUGGUGGGUGUGUGAUUUAUAUAUAUGGUGCAGAGAAGAUGCAAUCACAUUAAGAAUACCCGAAGACAAAACUUUCUGGAUCAGUUUAGUUCCAAAACUCGAAAAAUUUUACGUGAAUUGUAUUCUUCCUGAGCUUGUUGAUCCAAGAGCACCAAGAAAAAUGUCUCUUAGAGAACCGAAGUAUAUUGUUGAUGCUAGAGCACAGAAUGAGAAACAAAAACAGGCCACUGCUUCUGUAAAACAAACACAAGAAAAAAGAGAAAUUGAAAUUUCAGAAGCAGAUAAAAUUAUUUCAUCUCCUAGAAAGAAUGCAGGAGAGAAAAGAAUCAGGAAACCAAAAAUUAUUUUUGAUUUGUAAUCAGUAACAAGCCAAGCCAGCACACCGUAACAUUUUCUACGUCUGAAUAAAAACUAUGCCUGCAACAAAGCAUUAUGAUUAAAUCCAUACCUAAUUAGAAUAUUACCCCAUUUCUCUAAAAAAAUAUGUUCAAAAAGUCUGCUUUCAGUAAUAGAUACGUCUGAUCAAUUCUGCCAUAAUUCUGUAAUCAAUACUUGAAGCUAGAAUCUCCUGUGCUGCACUGCCAUUGCAUCUCUUUUCUGAAUGUUUCAUCAUCCACUUCUCAUUCUAAAUAUUCCUGUGUGCUUUCAUUUAUAGCUGCUAACUUGUUGUGAACAUUUUCUGCACCACAUGUUAUAUUUUGCAAUGUAAAUAAUGCGUGCAAUCAUAUAUUUUGGUUUUAAUCAUCAGUAACUUUGGUAAAACUACAUUUAUGCAAAGAAGACUUCCAUAAAGUCACAGUUUCUGUGAAAAAGAAAAUAAGUUUGAUGACCUCUGUCAUAAUUCAAUAAAUAAUUUUUUAAAAUAGCAUCACCUGUGCUGCACUAACAUUGG